AUGUUUGCUGCACUCCUGCCACAUGUUAUAGUCAUUGCCCUUUGCGGCAUGUCUGUCGCACAGGACUUGGGGGUACCUCUUAGCUGGAGGAAAUUCAACAACUCAAGACCGACAUCGGAACGGAUUUCCAUAUCACAGAACGCAAUCAACACCAUUCUUCCGCAGCUCGAUUCCUCUACUGGACAGUUCAAUGGAAUAGGCUACUGGCAGGCCGCCAACGUGUUCUCGGCCAUGGCACUGCAAGACCAAGUUGCAAAGACGACGACUAAUAAAAAUAUUGUUGUCAAUAAUCUGAAGCUCGUUUUUGGUCUGUUCAAGAAUUACGAUCAGUUUGGGUGGUGGGCACAAGCGGCGCACUACGCUUUCAAGUCGUACGGAGACACUGAGCUCUUAAAUAACUCUAUCGCGACUUGGAAUUCUGUUUCCAAUUACAUGAUAACCCCAGCCCAAGCACAGGCCGGAAAGACGCCUUUCAAGAGCUUUGCGCUUGCCGGGACUUGUGAUGGAGUUACCAUGGCCGGUGGGGUGUUCUGGCGCCCGACAACGGAUGAUACGGCUAUCAACUCUAUAACCACUGGACUUUCGUCUUAUUUGUAUGAAACCACUCGCGAUACUAAAUACCUCUCCGCCGCCACCAUGGCCGCGAACUGGAUCAAAGCACAUAACAUCGCCACAUCUUCUGCAUCGAAUCCCGGCAUCCUCUUGGACACAGAAGACGGAGACAACUGCUCUCGAUCUCCCGCAAGCUGGCUGUUCACAUACAACAGCGGAAAGUUUCUCGAAGGCUUGAGUGUGCUUGCGAAUGUUACGGGGGACAGUCAAUGGGAGCAACUAAUGCUGACGACCGCUGCGGCUGCUAUAAAAAAUGCACCGUGGCAGGGCUCCAAUGGAAUUAUCAUCGAAGGAGCAGAUACGGAUAGUAACAACGAUGGAGUUGGGUUUAAAGGCACAGGACUACUUGAAGUCUUCAGAAGGACCCCGCAGAAUUCUGCCCUCAGGAUUUUGAUCCACAGCUAUGUCGACGUGCAGUACAAUGCCUUACUGGAUCUUGCGAGCUCUGGGAACGACUAUUCGGCAAAUUGGCUUGGCCCACAGCCUAGUGGGUUUACGACUUGGGGUCAGCUUGCUGCCCUUGAUGUAUUGGUCGCCGCUGUAGAGGCUAACUGA